AUGACAUCAACACCAUCAACAACAAAGAUUCUUUCUUCCGAAUUUCAAACAAAAAAAAAUAAUCUCUAUAAUAAUGAUUCUUUACUCUCAUUAUCACCAUCAUCUCCAACUUUUUCAAAUAAUACUUUAAAUCAUCAUCAUAAUAAAAUUUCUUAUGGUCGUAAACGAUUAUUGGAUCUCUAUGAUGCUGAUGUUGACGAUGAUUAUUACGGUAGUAGUAGUAGUUAUAUUUCUUUUGGUCGUCGUCGUUUAUUUGAUUUUUAUGAUUACACUGGUUAA